AUGGAUAUUCUCCUUAUUAUGUUACUUUCUGCAAUCCUGACAAUCUUUUACCGGAGAGAUGCAGCCUACACGAUUGCCCUUUGGGAGUCGGACCAAUUUGGGAGUCAGACAGCAGAGACGAGGAGCAGCAGCGACUCAGAAGUUUUAUUCAGGACCUCUUCUGCCCAAGUCUGGUCCCAUGCUCAAGCAGUAGCCCAUAUUGUGAAGAUGCAGCAUUUGAAAGCCAUGGCUGUCUUUUUACUCUGCUCACUGCUGCUCAGCCAGACACACGGCGCUUCCCUGCGCCAAGCACAGCCUCAGCUAACACGACAGAGGCGGAUGACGCCCUUCUGGAGGGGGGUCACGCUAAGACCCGUUGGUGCCUCAUGCAGGGAUAACAGCGAAUGCAUUACAAUGCUAUGCAGGAAGAACCGCUGUUUCCUUAGAACAGCCUACGAGUGACCCGUCGCCAGUAAGACCAUCUGCCACUGUUACUGCUGACACUGCUCCGCUCUACUCAUGAGAUAUUUAUUAUUGACUGUUCAAAAGCUAGGACACUGGAUCAACCAAUUCAAUAUAUUUAACACCGCGAU